AUGUCUUCGUCUCAACCACACCAACACACCCAUAACCCACAUAGUCUUUCCAUCAACUCAAUGACUUCAAUAAUCGAACCUACAACUCCUCCAAAUCAUUCAUUGUCUUCUAAUAAUAGUGCCAAUAUCAAUUCUGUACAUUUCCACCUGCACCAACAACCACUUCACCACCACCAACCAAGAACACCUGCCACAUCCACAACUGUUUCCUCCAACUCAUCGUCUUCAACCGCAAACACUUCGUAUAUACACAAUCGCAGUUUAUCGUCUAAUGGAUCGUUUGCAAAAUUUGGUACUCAUCCUAAUAUAGGUAAAUCGGUUUUAUGGGAUUCUUCUAACAAGUUGAACCAUAAUUUGAACUUACCUAAUUUCAACAUUGAUAAUGAGGUAAUAUCGGCUCCUUUAAUUAUUCCAUCGUCAAACCAAGGGUCAGUCAGUUCCACAACUUCCACUCCAUCGUCUCAAGUCUCCUCCUUCCAAAAAUUAUCACUAGACACUACCAAUAAUAAUUCCACCACAACCAAUAAUAAGCAUACGAAUAUUGCCAAUACCGACAGCAACGAGAAGAAUAUUACACAGAACACCGCUACUACUGGUAUCAAUAAUAACGAUGGACAUUACAUACUUGACACCAGUACAGACAAUAAAGAAAAUUUAAUGAGGAAGCCAUACAAUGGCGCGGAUGUUAUUGUCGGAGUCGGCUCAGAAAAUGUUGUGAAUAUCAUGGGAGACUUUGCCCCCAACUCCUCUGCGUCUACACCACCUUCAUCAAUUAAUUAUACCCACACUUCAGUGCCACCAGAUGUUGGACCACCAAAAAUCGACAAAGAACAUCUAGUGUCGAUUAAUAAGGUGCCGCUUACUCAGUUGAAGCCAGAAAUACUAAAGCUUGCCAAGGAUCAAUACGGGUGCAGGUUCUUGCAAAAGAAAAUUGAUGAAAACUUGAUAUCAAAUUAUCAAGUAAGGGCAACAAAUUUUGAGGUUAUCUUUGAUCAAAUAUACCCUUAUAUGUGUGAGUUAAUUGUUGACCCUUUCGGUAAUUACUUGGUGCAGAAGAUGACUCCAUAUUGUAGCGAAGGAAAUUUGAAUUUGAUAUUGGAAAUUUUACAGUACAAUCUUUGCCAAAUAUCUGUUAACCAACAUGGUACAAGAGCAUUACAAAAGAUUAUUGAUAAUUUGAAUAGUACAUCUCAAUUGAACUUAUUGAUAAAGGGCUUAAAGCCAUACAUAAUUGAUUUGAUUAGAGAUUUGAAUGGGAACCAUGUUAUUCAAAAAAUCUUGAACAAGUAUGAUCCUCCUGAGUGUCAAUUUAUUUACGACUCCAUAAUUGAGGAUUUGUAUACCGUUGCUACUCACAAGCAUGGAUGUUGUGUAUUACAGAAAUGUCUUAAUCAUGUUACACCGCAACAGUUGGACCAGUUUUCCAAGGCAAUUUUAAAAUUUGACAAUUUUAGAAUGUUAAUUAAUGAUCAAUUUGGUAACUAUGUGUUGCAAUAUUUGAUUUCAAUCAACUCCGUCGAUGUAAACUAUAAAAUGUUUCAAAAUUUUCUUCAAUCAGGUCUCACCAAUUUGUGCAACUCCAAGUUUAGCUCAAACGUGGUGGAAAAAUUUAUGAAAAAUUGCUUUAAUAAUGAAACGGUGGAUGUGGCAUUUGCAAAUUUGAAAUUUGAGUUGAUUUACAACAUUUUGACUGGCGAUUUAAAUGUGUUGGUAAAUGAUCCGUAUGGAAAUUAUGUCAUCCAAACUAUGCUUGACAUCUUGGUUAAUCCACAAAAUAACUACCACAAUGUGUCAAAAGUUUCCUUGCUUUUGCCAAAACGGGACCAACCUGAACAAGAAAGUGAACAAAGCUUGCAAAUCACCAUCAUCAAAUAUUGGUUUCAGAAUUGUAAGAUAGCGUCUUCAUUUGGUAAACGAAUUCAAUCGAAAAUCAAUACAAUUUUGAACAACAAUGGGGCUACAUCCUCCUCAACAUCGAUUAACAAAGUCAGUAAAAAGAGUAGCCAAAUGAAUGCCAAUGGAGAGUUUGUUAUCAACGAGGUGCAAUACCAAGUUAGACCACAGAAUUACCAAAAUCUUGGCCCCCAACAACAUUCUCAAGAGUAUCCCUAUCAGUUUGAGCAACAUGCUCAACAGCAAUAUUUCCGCAACAAUUUGGAGCCCAUGUCGAACCAAAAUGGAAGCACCCUGUCGGUCGACCAUGUGUAUCUAAUGGAAAACAGCUUGCAAAGAAGAAAUUAUUCUAUGCCAUCAAACUUUUAUUCAACAAAGUCAAUUAGCAAUAGUAAUAAUGUCUUCGGAGCCAAAGAGUUAAGCAGCAUGUACGCCCCAGUGGCUAGCACCAAUGUAAUGAACCCUAACUCAUCUGUAUUAUCAGUUCAUUCAAACAACUCGGGCAAUGGUAUGAAUCCAUCGCCACAAACUUAUUUGCACGGUGGAGACAGUCAAGCUACUUUGAGAGGUUAUAUACCAGAAGAUGUUGGUAAUCGUGCAAUGCACCAAUACCCACCAAUUCCUCCACAAAUGAAUAAUGGCGUGUUUUACCAGCCAACACCACCACCACCACAAGCGCAAAUGGUACCUCCAUUUUAUCCGCCCCUCAAUGGUCCAGGUCAUCAGCAUAGCCUUUCCGUCGGCUCAAUCAACCAACCUCAACCUUUCCAACCACAUAAUCCGAUAGCUGGGCAUUACACCGCAAAUGCAAGGAAUGCUACUCCGCCAUCAAUGCAAGGUCUUAAUUACCAACAUGGGGUAGCUGGUCCACAAGCAAAACAGUUUGCUACUAAUGGCUCACAAGAACAACAAGCUCAUCCAACGACAACCGUGUUGAAUCGUGGACCUCAUCACUCCCAUAAUGUUUCUUGGUCUUCAACCUCAUCGAAUCAAGGUGGAACUGCAUUUGGUACUCCAAGCUGGUGA